AUGUUUUUCUAUCACCUUCGACUGUUAGUUCAAAAGUCCCUUCGCUAUGCAUGGCGUCGUCGUGCAUGUUUCUGUUGUCCAAAAAUAAUCUUUGAACUCAUUAUUCCGAUAAUAUGUCUUCUAUUCUUAAUUCUACUUCGAUGGAUGCAUACACCAUCAUCAACCAAUAAUCAACUCUCGUCGUCUGAUACCAGUAAACCUACGCAUAUUACAUUAAAACCAUCAGGAAACACGUCACGAUAUGAUUCAUUACCCGUUUUCAACUACACAUCCAUUUAUCGAUGUCCACCACCGGAUAUACUCAUCGAAAUCUCUGAUGAGAACACACACAAACGUUUGAAACAUCUUUGCACACGAGUAAAUUUCUUUCUGUCAUCCGAAACUGUUCGACACAACGGUCAUUUGAUAUUGAACACAACAGCACAAGGGGAUAUUAUUUCAUAUCGAUGCGCAUUUAAUAAUCCCGAUUGGUGUCGAAAUACGAGUCAAAUCGAAACUGAAGACGACUCACGACAAAUUAUACAUCCAUCGACGUCUUUAUGCGCACAUCGAAAUCUCGAUUUAACGAAUGAUUUCUUAAAAGUUUAUUUUACUCUACAAUCACUUUUACAUUUACCAACUAAACAACAAAGAUUAUCCAUCUAUACAUGGCCAUGUUUACCAUACUUUUCUGAUAGUCUCUUUGAUCUAGCACCAAAAUUUGUCUUAAUCAUCAUUCUUAUUCUGGUUGAUGGAUGUAUCUUAUAUGGUUUUAAUGUCUUGUUUCAUGAACUAAUCGAAGAGAAACACCAAGGAAUUACAGAACUUCUUCGUUUAAUAUCAAUACGUCCAAUACUCAAUAGUCUUGCUUGGUUCCUUCGAGCGUUUGCUAUACAAUUGAUUGUCAAUAUCCUCCUAAUCAUCAUUCUCAAAGCAUCAUUCGACGGUGGCAUCUAUUUACAAUAUGUUUCAUUCGGAUGGAUUAUCCCAACGAUUUUCCUCUGGACAAUCCAGGUCUUCUCAAGAUCUGUACUGGUUGCUCACUUUUUUAGUAGUAAUUUAAAAGCAGUUCUUUGGUCUUGGGUUAUCUAUGGCAUUUCAUUUAUAUUAGCAUGUUCAUCAUUCAUACGUUUACCUUUUAUUCUUCAUGUAUUCGCUUCAGCAUGGUUACCAUUCUAUUCGAUAAAACGCUUGUUAAUGAUUCUUUUUCGAUUGAACACUAGUCUUGGUCAAUCGACCUAUUUCGCUAGUGAAAUCAUCUGUAUUUGGAUGAGUAUGUUGAUUGGCACAAGUCUUAUGUGGAUUUUAGCUUAUUACCUCGAACAAAUACGACCAGGCAAAUAUGGUAUAGCUCGUCCAUGGUCAUGGCCGAUCGACUAUAUACGACAUAAUCGAAUCAUGCACAAGAAAAGACGAGAAAGUGUUGCCAUGCAAAUGGUAGAAACACUACCCGAUGCGAAUACAACAGUUCGAAUCAAUAAUUUAACGAAAACUUAUGGUCGAGUGGGUGGCGAGCAACAGUUGGCAGUCGAUCAUGUUUCGUUUAAAUUAGAAAAAUCACUCAUACAUGGACUCAUCGGUCAUAAUGGCGCCGGAAAAACGACAACGAUGGAAAUGAUCUGUGGUUUGCUUUCAUGUGAUUGCGGAUCGAUCGAAAUUCAUGAUAAAGAUUUGUAUGAAAAUUUAAGUGAAUUGCAAACAUGCAUUGGCUAUUGUCCUCAACAAGACAUGCUGUUUUCACAUUUAACUGUGCAAGAACAAUUGGAAUUUUAUGCACGCGUUCGAUCCAAACAGAAUUGUGUUGAUGAUAAUCAAAUUCAAGAAUUACUUCGAAUGAUGGAAAUAAGUGACUGCAGUCAACGGUUAUGUCAUACAUUGUCUGGGGGAAUGCAACGGAAAUUAUCGAUCCUAUGUGCUUUUGUUGGACAAGCAAAUGUAAUUAUCUUAGAUGAACCAUCAUCAUCACUUGAUCCAGUAGCUCGUCGUGUACUUUGGACAUGGCUUCGCGAAAAUAAAAUGAAUCGCACACUAUUGGUAUCAUCACAUUUAUUAGAUGAAGUCGAAGAACUUUGCGAUUCGGUUAUUAUACUUGACUCGGGUAAAAUUCGAGCACAAGGAACAGUUCUUGACUUGAAGCGCCAGUUUGGUCCAUCGGGUGAUCGUCUUCAUGUCGAAAAGAUACCUUCAUAUAUACAAAACGAUUGGAUUGUAGACAGAGAUGCAAAUCUGAUUCAAAUACCUGAUCGAACAAAUUUAAUUCAUCUACUCGAACGUUUAGAACGAGAUAAUAUAAAACACUCCUUAGAGAACAUUACCCUAGAUGAUAUCUUUAUUAAAUUAACUUCAUCGGCCGAUUCAACAUCAGAAGAGGAAACUCGUGUCAAGAACAAAAUAAAUGAAUUAUUUCAAGCACGAACUAAUACACGACGAAAUGAACUCUGGUGGCAUCAAACAUUGGGCGUAUUAAUUCGACGUGGACAAGUUUUUCUUCGGCGAGCUCGUUUACUACCCAUCGUACUAUUACUCUAUUUGGCAUAUGCUUUAGCACCAUCAUAUAUGCCAUCGUUCAAUCCAUCAUCGAAACUGUCCAAAGAUCACAUCCGUUACAUCAUAUCAAUUCCAUCGGAAUUGAAACAUCAAAUACCAUUGAACUUGUACGAUGUGAAAUUUACACCUUCGUUGUAUUCACCAUCAGAUUUCCAUCGAUAUCUCUUAGAAACAUAUACAUGGCCAUCCGAUUAUCGUCCUCGUAAGAAAAUUGUCGGCGUUCGAAUACCCUCAUCUAACCAUGUCGAAUGCUAUGCGCCUGCACCACUCGUACCGAAUAUCAUUACAUCAUGUGUACCAAUUUAUGCGCUAUUUUCGAAUCAGACAUACACGCCGAUGCAUUUCGUCAGUAAUGAAGAACGAAAUCCAUUGUUUGAAACGGUAGCUCUAUCAUUAUUGAAACAUGACGCUACUUAUUUUUGUUUCUACACUCUUCCACCUUCAUUGCAUCUAUCAAUUAUUCUACUGUCUCUGAUCUUGCUGAUCUCGGCAGCAUUAGUUAUUCAAGAUUAUGUCUCGGGUGUGCACUCAUAUUCAUUAAUCCAUGGCCUACGUUCGCCAAUUCAUUGGAGUAUUACGUUUCUUAGUGAUUUAAUUCUAUGUCUACUCUGGCUUGGAAUUCUCAUUCUCAUUGCACGUUUUGUUCAUUCAGCAACAUUUAAUGGCCGCUUUUUUGCUCUCACGCCACUAUUUUUCAUUGUCAAUCUACCAUUCAUUUACCUAUUUUCGAAGCUCUUUUCUGCUCCUAUAUUGGGUGCUACCAUUAUCAUAUUUCUCCUUCAAAUUGCUCACGUUUUGUACGCUUUUAUUGUAUUAAUCGAACUCUUUCGUGGUUAUCCCCUCGUCCUCACUAUCAUUCAUUCUUUACGAUGGUUGAUUUUACUUAUUUUUCCCAAUGUUAACGUCUUUACACUAAUUGUGGCUGUUCUUCGGCCGUACUCCUGCCCUUACGAUGAUUCAUUGUUAAAAGAUAAUGCUGAAUUUUCACAUGAACGUUAUCCACACAAAGUUCUGAUUCAUUCAUUGAUACUAAUUGCUCAAUUUAUUGUUUAUUUUCUUCUAUUGAUUGUGAUCGAUACAUGGAGACUACCAGUUUUUGGCCGGCGAAUUAAAGGUGUAGCUAAUCAGCAAGAAGAGGAUAAUGAUGUGGCAGAAGAAAGACGACGAAUUGAAACGAUGAGUGAAGAAGAUAAACAAGGCGAAGCACUCGUUGUUGACAAUCUUUCCAAACGUUAUUAUCGUUCAUCGACUUUGGCAGUCAAUCGCUUGACUUUUGCAGUGCCGCAUCGACAAUGUUUCGGUCUUCUAGGUUUUAAUGGAAGUGGCAAGACGACUACAUUUCGAAUGUUAGUUGGAGAAUUGCAACCGACUGGUGGUUCUGUUUUCAAAAGCAAUAAAGAAUCGAUCGGUUAUUGUCCGCAAGAAGAUAUUAGUUUUUCGGCGUUGACCGUUCUUCAAUCUAUCAAUUACAUCUGUCGUCUUCAUGGUCUCAAUCCAGAAACAAUAAACAAUCUAGUCUUAACUCAGUUUCAACUGGAGAAAUAUCGUCAUCGUUUAGUUUCACAUUUGAGCGGUGGCACAUGUCGUCGUCUUCAUUUAGCUUUAUGUUUAAUCGGGUCACCUACACUUUUGUUACUUGAUGAGCCCACAGCGAAAGUUGAUCCCUUGUUACGCAAUCAUAUUCGUCUUAUCUUGCAACAUCGACCUAUUAAUACAUCGAUAGUGUUCGCUUCUCAUUCAAUGCUUGAAUGCGAACAACUAUGUGAUCGUUUAACAAUCCUUGUUCAUGGUAAUGCUAGAUGUCUAGGUUCCGCUCGACACCUCAAGCAGAAAUAUGGCACCGAUUAUCGUAUUCGAUUAACACCAUUACAAUCGUUGUCGAAUGUACCAUUAGAAAAAAGUGUCGAUAAUAGCAACGAAUAUAUCUACCCAAGAAGUAGUUUAUCGGAUUUAUUCAAGAUUUUAGAGGAUCUGGUGAGAAAAAAUGUUAUUGAACCAAAUUAUACAGUACAAUUAACAUCGUUGGAACAUAUUUUUCUUACAUUUCAACAUCCAAAUGAAAACAUUGAAGUUUAG